AUGGAAUCUGUAUUUGUUCAUGGCGAUCUAUACGCCCCGAAUAUAUUAUGGCAUUAUGAUGAACAAGAAGAGAUGAAGAUCAGCAAAAUUGUUGAUUGGCAGAAAGGGCUGUUUCCGAUGUGUCACUAUGGGAGUGCAGCCGAGGACAUUUGCCGUUUUCUGGUGACCUCUGUGUCAGGAGAAACAAGACAUAAAUACUGGGAACAGCUCUUGGAAUUCUAUCACACCGAAUUCCAUCAACAUUUUGACAAAGAACUGUUCACCUUGGAGCAGCUGAAAGCCUCUUACCGACAACUAUUCCCAACGAUCGCUUUGGCCUUCCUGACGACAUUGUACGAGAUGUUCACCGCAUCAGUGAAGACGUGUUCAGAAGACGAACGAAGGAGGCGUACGAAUAGAGUAGUUGAGAAAGUCAAGGGAAUUCUGGAAAAUAUAAACGAUUUCCGGAGGAAAUGCUGA